AUGGCUACCGUUGCUGAAAUUGAAGCCGAGAUUAAGGAAUUAAAUCUAAAGCGCGUUAUCAUUAAACGCUCCCUCACAGCAAAUACAGAAGAUUUAGUUGCAAGACACGAAAAUGAGCGCGAGUCCUUUGAAAGCAGAUACUACUCUAUCUCCGGAAAAUUCAACAAAUUAAUAACUGAGAAUCCUGCUAUCAUAUUCAAUCCAAGUGUGAACAGCGGCUCAAAUAAUCGCAAUUCCUCGGUAGAUUUAGCUUCGGAUUCAGUAAACAGUGAUAAAACUAUUUCAACUCAUUCUAAACUGCCAUUUCUCAGCUUGCCUAAAUUCACCGGCACUUACGAAAUGUGGUUAGGUUUCUCUAACACAUUUAAAGCUCUGGUGGAUGAUCGUAGCGAAAUUAAAAACGUAUUUACGAAUUACAAAGUAGCUUGGAAACUCUUACAGGAUCGGUAUGACAAUAAAAAGUUUCGCGAAAAAUGGGAAGACCUUUCCAGCGAAGCUCAAAUACCGACAAUGAAAGAAUUUUUAGAGUUUCUACAACGCCGCGCACAAUUUGAGCAAAGUCAAUUUUUCCAGUCGUCCAAAAUUUUUCACAAUAAAUCGGAAAAGAAGCCUGAAAAUAAACCCGAUAAUAAGCAGGAACACACAAUUUACUCGUGCGAAAAAUUCCUCAAUCUCUCGCCGAAAGAACGGCAAGAAGCAGUAAAAAAGAAUUCGCUUUGCACAAAUUGCCUACAUCCCAAUCAAAGAGUCAACGAGUGUCACGGUGGUCCCUGUCGAAUAUGUGGCAAGAGAGACAACUCGCUUCUUCAUGUUGAUCGCGAAAAUAUCGCGAAUUCUGAGAAAAAUAGUCAGAAAAAUUCGUCAGUCAAUAUGCAAGCUCAUUCAGUUCAAGAUGAUUCAGACGCGUAUAUGUUACUUUCUACCGCAGUCGUAGACAUAUUUGAUAACGAGGGCAAACCGCAUACUUGCCAAAUUCUAUUAGACAAUGGAUCGCAGUCCAAUUAUAUGACUGAAAAAAUGGCCUCCCUUCUCAAGAUUCCUAAAUAUCCAGUCGACAUAGAUGUUUCUGGUUUGAAUUCAGUAGCCACUGAAGUAAAAAAUUCAGUAGUUGCGUCAAUUAAAUCGCGAUUCAAUAAUUACGAAAAAACAUUAAAUUUUCUUCUUGUUGAUCAGGUAACGAAAAAACUACCUGCAAUACCUCUAGAUCGAAAUUCAUUUCAGAUUCCAUCUAACAUAUAUCUAGCAGAUCCUGAAUUUUAUAAACGCGGAGAAAUUCAUGCCCUUUCAGGUGUCCGACAAUUUUAUAGAGUUUUAUGUUCAGGUCAAAUUGAGAUUCAAGGUCAAGAGACGAUUUUCCAGAAAACCAAGCUAGGUUGGGUAGUUUCUGAUACAAUUUAUCCCAAGAUAUCUCAGCGUAGAGAAGUAGUUUCCCACCUUUCUCAGACAGAAGUCAAUUCGACCUCAGAUGAACCCUCAAAAUUUUGGGAAAUCGAGGAAGUCCCUUCUGUAAAACUCUUACCUAACGAAGAAAAAUACUGUGAAGAUCACUUUGAACUUCACACGACACGAAGCAAGACUGGUCGCUACAUAGUAUCUCUACACUUUAAUGAUAAGAAGAAAAAAUAUUCAGAGUUUAUUCAGGAAUAUAAGAGGUUGUGUCACAUGUUUGAAACCCAAGAAAACGUUCCCACGAACCACGGUUUCUUUUUACCUCAUCACGCUGUUCUAAAAGAUAAUAGUUUAACGACAAAAAUUAGAGUAGUUUUCGAUGGCUCUGCGAAAAGUUCGAGCUGCAUUUCGUUAAACGGCUCACUCAUGGUCGGUUCAACUGUACAGGAUGAUCUUUUUACAAUCUAUACGCGUUUUCGAUCAUUUUCUUUUGCACUAACAGCUGACAUCGAGAAGAUGUACCGUCAGGUUGAGGUCACUCACGAAGGCUCAGCUUUUCAAAAAAUUCUCUGGCGACAAAGUUCAUUCGAACCUAUAAAAACAUAUCAGUUAAAAACCGUAACUUACGGUACCGCUUCAGCACCCUUUCUUGCAACGCGAGUCUUAUCCCAGUUGGCAAAAGAUGAAGGUCACUCUUACCUUGUCGCGGCUCAAGUUCUCACUCGCGAUUUCUACGUAGAUGAUCUGUUGACAGGCGCUGCUAGUUUCAAGGAUGCAUUAGAUCUUCGCAAUGAACUUGUCGAGCUCGUUGGAAAGGACACUAUAAAAACAUUAGGACUUUGCUGGCAUUCCAGAGAGGACACGAUUCUUUAUGUCGUAAAAGAGCUUGAUAACACUGAUAAAAUAACAAAAAGAAUCAUCCUCUCUGAAAUCGCUAAAAUAUUCGACCCUUUAGGAUUAUUGGGCCCCAUUACCCUUUACGACCAACUACCAUCCCUGAAUGAAAUCAGAUUUAAUCGGUGCGUACUUGCUCGCGACACAAUUAAUGUUCAAAUGCACGGGUUCUGUAACGCCAGCGAGAAGGGUUACGGAGCCUGCAUUUACUUGCGGUCCACUGAUAAGCAGGGCCAGCACCAUUCAUCUCUCGUUUGCUCGAAAUCUCGAGUCGCCCCAGUACAGACAAUAACAUUACCGCGAUUAGAAUUAUGCGCCGCUCUUCUGCUUUCACGUCUCUACGAGGCCACUGUUUGGACAUUGCAGCAUGUAAAGUUCAGUCAAACUAUUUUCUGGUCAGAUUCCACAGUGGCUCUGCAUUGGAUUAAUACACCUCCACAUACUUUAAAAACCUUCGUGUCAAAUCGAGUAGCGAAAAUCCAAGAAAUUAUACAAAACGUCGCUAAUAUCACGUGGAGGCACGUACCCACGAAUGAAAAUCCUGCCGAUUUAUGUUCUCGGGGGCAAUUACCAGACAAAUUUAUGUCCGACAUCGUAUUUUGA